AUGGCGCCGCGGCAACAGCUUCGCGCCGCUGCGCUUUUUUGUGUGCUCCUCAUCACCGGUGUGGUGUGCGUUGGCGUUACCGGCGUCGAUGCCAGCUCCGGUGUGGUGGUACAGACGACGCCGGCAUACCCGCUGCUGGAUGUUGUGUUCCUCGCCACAACUUCCAUAGACCCUGACAGAACGCUGUACAUAUCCUCUGCAAGCGACUGCAUCAGUCGGCUCUCGCCGAUCUGCACGCAGGGCCGCGCUCAAGUCGGUGUAAACUACAACACCACCACGUGUAUCUUUAAUGUCACGUCCGCCUCUCUCGGCUUGAAUGCGGCGACAGUGUCGUCGAUACCUGCGCUGCACUGGUGCAGCAGCGCCACUGGCACCACGUCCUUUUCGACGCUUCAGAUGAACGCGGUUCGCAUGACACCCGGCUACGCCUAUUACAAUACGGAGACGACCUUCACCUUCAACCAAGCGACCCCGGUUGCCACCAAGGUAGGUCUGUACCGGGAUAGCAGCUGUGAUACACUGCUGAAUGACGUGCCGUUGACGACGCUGCAGAGCUCGCUCAAGCUGACAGCGAGCAUCGGUCCCCGGACGGUCACGUACGUGUGUGCGUCCAUUCCAACCGUCUUCAACAACGCCACCGUCACUGCAGUGCGCUCGGUGGUUUAUGGCGUGUCGCCCUACGACAUAUACACCACCCAGGGCGUCCGCCAUCGCAGCGUCGCCAUCAGCGCCUCAUCGUCCUUCCACUACAUGUCACUCUCCACUGACCCGCAGUGCCUGACACUGGCGCAGCCAUAUCAGCAGACGGAGACGGGCGACGGGGUACUGACCAUCAAGGUGCCGCGCGGCACGUACUACUUCUGCGGUGUCGUCAUCCGCGGCCUCGAAGGAGUCGGCGUGUUUGUGCCAGCUCUUAGCACGUUCGAGGUGCUCGAGUACGGCAUUCAGCCGCACACCAUGUACGCGGCGCACGCCACACCGAUGUCCUUUUCGCUGGACGCUGUAGCUCUGCAGAGCAAGCUGCAGGGCGCCCUUUUUACCACCGCCGACUGCGGUGUGAGCGGCAACAAGCCGGUGACAAGCUGGAGCACGUCGAUGACGUGGACAGUGGGGGUGACCGGCACCUACUACGCCUGUGUACGCACAAGUGGCAGCACCCUAGCCGCCAAUGUGGGCUACGUCAAUCAGGUGGUGGUCUCCAACAUACCUGUCGUGUCUCUUGCUCGCCAGCCGGCCAUCAGUGGUCUCGGCGAGCUGGCCACGGUGACCCGCAGCGCCUCCGACGACGUCCCCGCAGCUGUGGUGACAGUCGGGCUGUCGACGAGCUCGAACUGCGCUACUCUCUUUGCCGGGGGUAGCACGACGGAGACGGGCAGUGCGGCCUCUUUUUAUGUGCCUGAGAGCUCACCAAGCAGUACCUACUAUUGCGUGUCGAACCGACUGACGACGGACGCGAGCGGCGGUGACAGCAGUGAGCCCACCACGGCGGUCUACUACCCGCUUGGACCGCUGGAGCUGCGCACCUACGGCCUGUCCUACCCUGCCCUACGCACCAAGGCGGCGAUGAACGUGGGACUCGACAGCGACGUUACCUUCGGCAGCGGCACCUCCAUUUGCCUGACACCUGCUCUUCUCCCCAGCAGCAGUAGUAGCAGCAGCAGCAGCAGCGUCGACCAUGGCACCUGCGACGCCGCGAUCGCCGCAAACAGCGACAUCGCCAUGACAUUUCAGAUCUCUAGCCUCACCUCCACACUCAUCCCCGUGCUAUUCCCAGUGGCGGGAAGUUGGUUGCUCUGCGUGCAGGAGCCUGGCGUGAUGGGCAGCACGUACAUGCGGCUGCGCACGUUGCGCGUGUACGGCAACGCCACUGUGACCCCAGAUGGCGUAAUCCUGGGGAUACCGGCAAGGCUCGCCGUCACAGCGAUUCCGCCGUCGACGACAGUGAGCCUGACGACGGACACCGCCUGCUCGACCGACAUGCCAGUGGUGACCACGACGCAGUCGAGCCUGAGUGGCAAAGCUGCCCUCGUCUUCACACACACUGCCGUGGGCAACCUCCUCCUCUGCGUUGGCUACCACGGCGAGCACAUGUCUCAGGGGACGGCAGCGCAGGUGAUGGUGGCUGGCACCGUGGCGAGCACGAAUGCCCGCGUCGUGCCAUCCGUGGCUGUCGAUUCCGUACCCACACAACUGACCUUUUCCGCCCGAGGGGCUUCGUCACUGAGCGGCUACACCGCGCUACUGGUGCCGCCAAGCACCAGCGGCCGCAUUGCGACCGCGUGUCCGACAUCCGCAGCCGGUGAACUUAUUCAGCUACCGAUAUCCGUGCCUCCCUCCGCUCCUACCGGCACGAUCGCCGUUGCUACCUUCACCCCUGCCAGCAGCGCGGUGGGCACCACGUAUCUCGUGUGUGCUGGUGCAGCUGGAAAAUUUGUGUCGACGGGAACGGUGACGGUCGCUGCUACUCCAACCGUGACGACUGAUCCCUCGCCACCGGCCUUUGGACUCCCAGCCUACGUGACGUUCAGCCGUGCCACUGUGUCCCUCUCUCACCCGGACACCUUCACCGUUGUCAAAGCCACGGACAGCUGCACUUCGGAUAUGAGCAUCGCAACCGUGCUCGCCACAGGUAGCGUGGACACCACAACAGGGGCCGGGCAGCCCUUUGUGGCCCCCACACAGCCUCGUACAGUCACGUCGGUGCGGCUGUGCGUGGCGAAGAAGGGCCAACUCGUCAGCAGCACGCUUGGCUACGCAGACGCAGGCGUAAUCGAACUAACCAACUUCACCUCUGUCACUAGGUACGCGCAGCGGGGGCGACCCAACACACUGGUCGGCAAACCCAUCCUCAGCACCGCAACGCUCUACCUCGUCAGCUGCACCGGAGCUGGAUGUGGUGCUGGCAACGCCGACACCGCGUGCUCCUCUACUGACGCAAACAAGUACACCACUUCCAGCCACUCACCCCUCACAGCUCCCGCAGGCACGUACUUUCUGUGUCAGAGCGUGACGGUGGGCACGACGGUGUCGGUGGUGGGCUCGGACACGACGGUGGAGGUGGUGGAGCCGUUUGAGAUGAGCCUCUCCGUAGACCCCUCUGCCAUUCGCGCGUACGUGCCGUUCGCAGUGACCAUGUCGGGCGGCCCUGGCGGCGCGGGGGCGAAGUACACGGUGGUGGCGCAGCCCGCCUCUACUGCGUGCGGCGAGACCGCUGCCGGGUCACAGAGCUUUGCCGUGGGCCGAGGCACCACGGAGAUCACCAUCACGGACAUGGUGCCUGUGCAGAAGAUCCGCUUCUGCGUGCAACCGUCCGCUGCCGACAGCUUCGAGGUGCUGACGGGGACGCUGCAGCACUACAUGACACCUGCAGCUGUGAUCGGCGACCGCGCGACGACGCUGACGUCUGGCGGCGUGACGAGUGGCGCCACGGCGGUGCUGUCGCGCACGGCGGACUGCCUCGGCGUCGUGGCUGGCGGCGGCGCUGCGGCGAUCGUGGACGCGAGGGUGACGUUCACUGUGGCGUCGUGCGGCGCGAACGGUGCGCUGGCGUCGCUGUACUACUGCGAGGCUGCUGGCGGGGGUGCGUACGCGUCCCGCGGUGCGGUGGGGCUGCUGCGCGCGAGCGGGUGCGGCGGCGGCGCGGACGCGAGCAUUGCGGAGGUGGAUGCGGCGCCUGGCGCUGCGAUCGGCAGCUUCGGGAUCGACGCGGCGUACCUGGCGAGGCCGCGGCUGUCUGCGUCGUCGGACUGCGGCGUGCUGCUGGACGCGGCUGUUGCGAGCGUUGGGUACGCGCCCGGUGCUGGCGAGCGCGCUGCGUUCCACGUGUGCGCCGUGCUUGUCGGCGACGCGAGCGUGACGUUCACGACGGCGCGCCCGACGCUGCGCGUUGCGAACUGGGCGGUGUCGCCGACGGCUGCGGUGAGCCGGUACAACGCGACGCUUGGCGCUGCCGCGGCUAGUGCGGUGCGCGUGAACUACGCGACGCCGUCGAGCGAGACGUUCCUGAGCACGGCGAGCGACUGCAGCGUGCGGACGGCGGGCGCGGCGGGGCUGAGCGGCGCGUCGAAGACGGCGACGUACAGCACGACGGGCGUGCGCGGGCUUGUGCACGUGUGCACUGUGGCGCCGCUGAGCGGGAGGACGCUGGCGGUUGCGGAGUUCCUGUCCGUGACGCCGCCUGCUGUGCUGCGUGCGUCGCCGGCUGUUGUGCGCGGCGGCGAGUACAGCGCGACGCUUGUGGUGGACGGUGCGCCGCCGCUGUACUCGAUGGUGCCUGGUGCGGACAGCGGGUACACGCACAGCGGGUACUACACGAGCGCGAGCCGCGAGGUGUACCUGUCCGGGGACGCGUGCUCGGGCGUGCUUGCGGGGACGAGCGCUGCGACGGUGACGUCGAGCGGCAGCGUGUCGUUUGCGACGGCGGGCGUUGCGGCGGGCGUGAGCGCUGUGUGGCUGUGCGCGGUGACGGCCGCGGGGCCCGCGGUUGUGCUGGCCGGCGUGGCUGUUGCGCCCGGCCGGGUGUACCCGACGACAAUGGUGUCUGGCGCACUGGGCGCGCCUGUCUUCAUACCGAGCCUGAAGGGGACGGCGGUGCAGCUGAGCGCGUCUGCGAGCGGGUGCGGGUCUGUUGCUGGGAUGCCGAGCUUCACAACGGACGCGGAGGGCUACGGCACUGUGGACCUUGUGGGCGGCGACGGCGGCGCGCUUGCGCCGGGCACGUACACGCUGUGCUACGGCGGCGCGCUGCGUGGCGGCGGCGGUGCUGCGGCGCUGGAGUCGGUGGAGCUUGUGCGCGCGUCGCACUUCGACGUGCGCGGGACGACGUUUGUUGUCGGCGUGGCGAGCCGGAUGGUGCUGCUGCAGGACCUGACUGCUGCGGCGCUUGUGCCCGGGUUCAGCACGGCGCGCGACUGCACGUCUGUGUCGAGCGAGCACGGCGAGUGGGCUGCUGUGACGAACACGUCUGUGUCUGUGACUGCGACGGGCGUGUACACUGCUGGGCUGUACCUGUGCGCGCGUGCGCCGGUGAACGGGACGCUUGUGGCGCUGCCCGGGCUGUGGUCUGGGCGGCGGAGCGUGCAGUUCGUUGCGUCUGCGAUGCAGCUGCCGUCUGCUGGGUGGGACGCGUGCACGACGUACACGCUGGACCGGUGCUACCCGCCGGGUGCGAGCGCGAGCGGUGCGACGUCGGUGGUUGCGGUUGUGCACGGGGACUGCUGCAGCGAGGCGAGCCGGAGCGCGGUUGUCGGGGAGGCGAGCAUGGCGAGCGGGACGUGCGAGCUGACGCUGGACUACGACAAGGUGUCCGCGUACCCCGCGGAGUCGACGUACCACGUGUGCGUGUGGGACAGCGCGGACGACUCUGUGUGCACGACGGUGAGCGAGGCGCGCGUGAGCACGAGCUGCACGCGCCGUGGCGGCGGUGGCCGGGGGCUGAGCCGUGGGGCACUGAUAGUGAUCAUCAUCGGGUGCGGGGUGGCAGGGAUCGCUCUUCUUUGUUUACUUUUCUGGAUCGUGUGGUGCUGCUGCUGCCGCCAGCUCGCGGAAGGCGCCGAUUCGAAGCCAGAGAAGGGACGGCAACUUGUUGGCCUUCGCGAGUUCGGUGACGAGGACCGACUCGUGGGCUAUGUUAUGAGUGGACGCCACCCGCUGCUGUAUUACCCGUCGUCAAGCGCCCGCAUGGGUCGUUCGGUGAGCGCAUCGCUAGGCUACCCUUCCAUCAGCGGCUCAGGCUGCGGUGCCUUGGAUGAGGUGGAGGAUGAGGGACGGGACCAGAUUGCGCUUCAGGAGGCGCGUGCACGCUACAACUUACGACUAAUGUUCGCGGAGCGGCUGCAGCUGCUCGAACUGGCGGAAAAGAACGCCGCUGCAGAUGCGGCAGGCAUGAACACAACGUACGCCAGCGGGGACUCGUACCUGCAUGGCCUAGCACAGCCCGAGCGCAGGCUCGUAGAGAGCAUCCUGACCGAGACGGGGCCGAUGGAGCCGGCGAUGGAUCUCCCUGUGAGGGCCGUGGGCCCGCGCCACGCCGGCGCCAACGAACUCGAGCUCGCGGCCUUUGAGGCACCUGAGGAGUGCGACAUUAGCUUGACCGCCGACGCGAAUUUGUCGCUGGAGAAGGAUGCCAUCACGGGCGAGCACCACAAGGUGCGUAGCCGGUCCAUUGAAAGCGCGCCGCGGCGGUGCCUCUCACCAGUGGAGAGCUGCUGGACGAACGAGGACUUCGAAGAGCGGGAGGAGGACGGCGACCGGAAAGUCACCGUCGAGUCGGCAAUCCCCGACUCGGAGCUGAGUGUACGGAUGUGGCCACGGCAGGACGGCGGCGACCACGAGGAGCUGCACCGCGUAGUUGUGCGGCAUUUUACGAAACCGGCAUUGUCCAAGUCGCGCCGUAGUGCCUCGCUGAACGGCAGCCACAGCGGCGGCCACCGACGUAGCCCCACCGGCUCCGGGAGCCACGGGAGAAAGCAGGAGCCACACUAUGACCCACUGGCAGUGAUGCCGGUGACGCCAAAGGCGCUGGCAACGUCCAAGGGCCUCAGGAACUACAUCCUGUCGCCGCCAGACGGAGAGAAUGAUAGCCCGCCAGACCUUCGGACUAACACCGUGCACGAAGUCGGUGACAUCACCACCGCUGAGUCCGCCAUCUCUCGCUCCCCGAUCGCCCAUGCGGGGGCAAACGACAUAUCGGAGGAGGCGCUGCCGGCGGGCAUCGCACGCGUCCGGUCUUCUGAGGCCAUCGAUGGCAAUGCCAAGGGCGAUGCGAGCGAGGAUGACCUGCUGAGCUUCACGACCACGCAGCGCUUCUACGAUGAGAAGCGCUUCUUACUGGAACAGGAAGACGGCCGGCGUCAGCGUCUGUGCAACUGGGAGGAGGAGGAGCGGGCACAGCUGGCGCAGGAUGAACUGAACGGCUACGUGGCGCUCUCCUCGGCUACCGCAGCCGGCGGUGAUACGGUCAACGCGUUCUCUGAUCACUCGGAGAACAACGAUACCGAGUACAAUGCUGGCGGCGGCGCGGGGAAGGGCCACUACGGCAAGGCUACGGCGAAGCACGAGGGUGAGGAUGAGCAGGUGUGCCACAUCCCCGCCGCGCCAACGACGCUGCCGUCGCUGCCACCGGCUCCACGCCCGCAAACACUUCAGAACGACUACUACCACGUGUUCCCCACCGGCGGCACCGGCGCGAGUUAG